AUGGACCCAAGGGACAAGUUAAAGACAACCUUCAUCACAGAGGAGGCAAACUAUUACUAUGAGGUCAUGCCAUUUGGCCUGAAAAACGCAGGAGCCACAUACCAAAGGUUCAUGGAUCAAAUUUUCAAAGGAAUGAUAGGCAGAAAUCUUGAAGUAUAUGUUGAUGACUUAGUAGUAAAAUCCAAUUCCAUUGAGCAGCAUGUUAAAGAUCUCGCAGAGGUGUUCACCACGUUAAACAAGUCAAGUAUGCGACUCAACCCAGAAAAAUGUGUAUUUGGGGUUGAUGGAGGAAGAUUUCUCGGAUUCAUGUUGACAAACAGGGGAAUCGAGGCCAACCCCGAGAAAUGUGAAGAAAUAUCGAGUAUGAGAAGCCCCAAAAACUUGAAGGAGGUGCAACGAUUGAUGGGAAGACUAACAACCCUGAGUCGAUUCAUGCCAAAGCUUGCGGAGAAGGCCAAACCCAUCCUAAAAUUGCUGAAGAAAGCCACUCGGUUCCACUGGGACGAAGCAUGCGAGCUAAGCUUUGAAAGCAUCAAACAAUUCUUGACUUCACCCCCCAUUCUGCAACGCCCAGACAUUUCACUCCCAUUGGUAGUGUAUUUAGUUGCGACAGAAGAUGCAGUAAGUGCUGCAAUAGUUCAGGAGAAGAAGCGAGAGCAGCAGUCGAUAUAUUUUGUAAGUCGAACCUUGCAGGAUGCAGAAACAAGAUACCAAACGGUAGAAAAAAUGGCAUUAUCCCUACUCAUGACAGCCCGCCGCUUAAGACCAUACUUCCAGAACCAUCGUGUCAUCGUGAGGACGGACCAUCCUGUACACAAGAUUUUGAGGAAGCCAGACCUUGCAGGGAGAAUGGCCGCGUGGGCAAUAGAACUCUCAGAAUACGAGAUUCAUUACGAACCCAGGGGCCCUAUAAAAGCACAGUCACUUGCAGACUUUGCAGCAGAAUUACAAGAUGUCAACACUCAAAAUGUCUGGUGGACAUUGCACGUCGAUGGAUCCUCUAAUAUACGAGGAGGGGGAGCAGGAAUUGUACUGGAAGGGUCAAACGACAUAGUCCUGGAACAAUCUCUACGAUUCAAAUUUAGAGUUUCUAAUAACCAGGCGGAAUACGAAGCAAUGGUGGCAGGAUUGACACUUGCCAAGGAAAUAGGGGUAGCUAGAAUUGUAUGCCGCACCGAUUCAAAACUCACAGUGGGACACUUAACUGGGGAGUUCCAAGUCAAGGAUCCCCUCUUACUUCAAUACUAUCACAUAGUCAGAAACAUGUUGCAAGGGUUCGAGGAGCACAAGGUUGAGCACGUCCCUAGAGCAUGCAAUGUCAGGGCAGAUAUCCUGUCAAAAUUGGCUAGCACCAAAAGCAGAGGAAUAUACAAGUCGAUCCUCCAGAAAGAGAUAAUAGCUCCCUCCACCAACAUACCUGAAUGUCACGAGGUCGAAAUAUCUUCGGAUUGGAGAACACCCAUUGUUCACUUCCUGAAAAUUGGAAACAAAUCAGAGCCCAUAGAGAAAGAUUGGGAAAGAAAAAUAGCAAGAUACACCUUGGUGGGUGAUGAAUUAUUCAGGAGAGGAUUCACCUCUCCCUUACUGAAAUGUAUCGACAUGGAGCAGGCCGAGUAUGUUAUGCGUGAGUUACACCAAGGCAUAUGUGGAUACCACUCUGGAGCAAGAACGAUGUCGGCAAGGAUAUUAAGGGCAGGAUACUAUUGGCCCAUAAUGGUAGCAGAUGUUUCCAAGUUUGUCAAGCGAUGUAUACCCUGUCAAAAACACGGGAACAUAUCCCAUGUCAAGCAGGAAGAAUUACACAACAUAUCCUCACCUUGGCCGUUCGCCAAGUGGGGAAUGGAUAUCGUCGGCCCAUUCACGCCUGGAAAGGGGCAAGUAAAGUUCUUGCUAGUAGCUGUCGAUUACUUUACUAAAUGGGUGGAGGCAGAGCCGCUGGCAACAAUCACAGCACAAUUGGUGCAAAAAUUUGUAUGGAAAAGCAUUGUCUGUCGCUUUGGAAUCUCACAUACCAUAAUUACAGAUAAUGGCAAGCAAUUCACAGAUACCGGACUCAAAGAAUUCUACCAAGGACUGCACAUCAAACACGUAACAAGUUCAGUAGAGCAUCCGCAGGGGAAUGGCCAGGCAGAAGCAGCUAAUAAGGUCAUUCUACAAGAAUUAAAGAAAAGGCUAGACCAGGCCAAGGGACUUUGGCCUGAACAGUUGUUAGAAGUAUUAUGGGCGUAUCGUUGCGCGCCCCAAUCCGCAACAAAGGAAACUCCUUAUAGCCUUACUUAUGGGACAGACGCAAUGAUUCCAGUUGAAAUAGGAGAACCCUCCCUGCGUCAACAGAAAUAUGCAGAAACGACCAACUCUCAAUGCUUGGCAAACAAUCUAGACCUUCUGACAGAACAUCGGGAUCUAGCCAAGAUUCAAGAAGCCGCGGCCAAACUAAGAAUGUCAAGAAGAUAUAACUCCAAGGUCAAGCCCAGAAAAUUUCAUCCAGGAGAUCUGGUAUGGCGAAUGAAUAACAAUGCAAGGAAGGUCGAGGGAAAGUUUUCCGCUAAUUGGGAAGGUCCAUUCCGUGUCCUCACAGACGAAGGCAAAGGAGCAUACAGGCUGCAACAAUUAUCAGGAACACCAGUCCUUAGGACUUGGAAUGUAACACAUUUAAAAUUUUACUACAGCUAA